UAAAAGUUUAGUAGUAAUACUUUCAAGUUCCAAAGUUGUUGAGAUAAGUAAAUACUACUCUUCUUAACAGUGGCAAAGAACUAUAAUUGUGCUGCACUAAUUAAAUUUAGUAUUGAUGGGGCUGGUGGUUGGAGAGGGAUAAAGGAUGUAAUGUCUCUGGUUUUGUUAAUCAUCUUGACAUAAUAGAAUUCCUUUAUAUAUCAUUUGGUCGGGUAGCCUUGGCAUAAUGCAUAAGAACAGGCUUUUACUAGACAGUCAACACUGAUGUGUUCUAGGGCAUGUAAUUUAUCAUAUAAUAUAUCUGCAACAUUUUAAUAAUGAGUGAUUUUAUAGUGAGUUUCUAGUGCUUUUUUUCUUCUUUUUUGAAACUUAUACUUUCUGCUAUCAACUUUUCAGAGUGAUGUAAGAAUGUUAGUAAAAGUGCAUUUAUUUUCCUUUUUUUUGUUUUUUUUUGUUUUGUUUUAGGAGCAGCCACCAUAUCCUAGCUACAAUUCUAACUACUGGAAUUCUCCUGCCCGCCCUAGGGCUCCUUACCCAAGUACAUAUCCUGUAAGACCGGAAAUGCAAGGCCAGAGCUUCGUUCUUCAGCUAAUAGUAAGGAUUGUUAAAAGGAGCAUGUAGGGCGGUUCAUGGAGCAGGGUGUGAGCAGCACUGAAGUACACCAAUUCAUACAGAGGCUGUAUCUCUGGAGGCAGAAGAUAUUGUGUCGCCAGACUGUUGAUGAAGUUCGUGAGAGUUUGAAUUCUUAUACAAAUGGAGCAUAUGGCCCACCAUAUUCCACUGGCCCUGGGGCAAAUACUGCCUCCUACUCUGGGGCUUACUAUGCACCUGGGUAUUCUCAGACCAAUUACUCUACAGAGGUUCCAAGCACUUACCGUUCACCCGGCAGCAGCCCAACCCCAGUCUCUCGUUGGAUGUAUCCCCAGCAGGACUGCCAGACUGAAGCACCUCCUCUUAGGACGCAGGUUCCAGGAUAUCCUGCUUCACAGAACCCUGGAGUGACCCUGCCUCAUUAUCCUUAUGGGGAUGGUAAUCGUAGUGUUCCACAACCAGGACCAUCAGUACGACCACAAGAGGACUCGUGGGCUUCUCCUGGUGCUUAUGGAAUGGGAACCCGUUACCCCUGGCCUUCAGCUGCACCCUCUGCACCGCCUGGGAAUCUUUACAUGAGUGAAAGUACUUCACCAUGGCCUAGCAGUGGCUCUCCUCAGCCACCUCCAUCACCACCACCCCAGCAGCCCAAGGAUUCCUCAUACCCCUAUAGCCAAUCAGAGCAAGGCAUGAACCAGCACAACUUUCCUAGCAGUGUCCAUCAGUACGAGUCUUCGGGAACAAUGACCAGUGAUAAUUCAGAUCUUUUGGAUCCCCAAGUCCAGUAUAGUGCUGAGCCUCAGAUGUAUGGUAACACCACCAAUGAACAGCCCAGCAAUCAAGAGCAAAGUAAUAAUCUUCCUGAAGAGUGUUUGUCUUCAGAUGAAAGUCCUCCCCCAAGUAUUAAAAAAAUCAUACAAGUGCUGGAGAAGGUCCAAUAUCUUGAGCAAGAAGUAGAAGAGUUCGUAGGAAAAAAGACAGACAAAGCAUACUGGCUUCUGGAAGAGAUGUUAACCAAGGAACUUUUGGAACUGGAUUCAGUUGAAACUGGGGGCCAGGACUCUGUCCGACAGGCCAGGAAAGAGGCUGUUUGUAAAAUCCAGGCCAUACUGGAAAAAUUGGAAAAAAAAGGAUUAUGAAAGGAUUUAGAACAAAGGGGAAGCCUGUUACUAACUUGACCAAAACUGCUGAUUUUGGUUAAUUACCCUCUUUUUGAAAUGCCUGUUGAUGACAAGAAGCAAGCAAUACAUUCCAACUGUCCUUUGACCUAAACUUGAAAAACUGGUAAAUGACUUGGAAAAACAUUUUCGUUAUGAGUUGUUUUCAGUUUUCAGACCAAUGAAUGUAGUAGGAAACUGUGGAGAAACCAAUAUUGCCAAGUAGGCUCACUUAUUAAGAAAUUUAUGGAUAUCUGCAAACUGCUUCUUAUCAACAGGAGGGAAAUACACUUUAUGUAACAGGCUUUUCAGAAACCUACCAGAUGAGACUGGAUAUAAUCUGAGACAAACAGGUUCUGUUUUUUAAAACAUCUGGAUUACUUGUCACAUUUUUGUACAUUGUAACUGCUUUCAACGUACACGUCGUGUGUAAUUACAGCUUGGACUUUAGCCUUGUUGGACCACUGUUUUGUUUUGUUCUUUGCAGUUCACAAAUAUAAUGUUAUUCUCUACUUCUUGGUACAUUUUGUAGUAAUACGUUUAAUAUAAUUAUUCAAGAGACUAUAUUGACAGCCAGAUAGUAUGGUAUUUCUGAAUGAAUUUCUAUCUUUUCACCGCUUGAAUAUAUUGCAAUGUGUAGUGAAUUUCUGAGGUAAAUUGUCUCCUUUUUUGUAUAGAUCAUUAGGUUAGAAUUUUACCACUUAUACUUUUCAUGUUAAUAGCGGAAGGCAAUUUGGAAAUGGCAUGGGCACAGGAAUGAAAAUGUUUGUGGCCAAUUUUUCGUUUUUACUCUUUUAUUACAUUUGGAUAAAGAUCCACUUUAAAAUUUCCUUUCCUCCUCUUUAUUAUCUUUUCACUAGUGCUGCUUCCAUAUGGAGCAUUGCGAUAGGUAACAGAUGAAAAAUUAAAUGCCACAGUGGGUAGAAGUAGUAACUGUAAAAAGUAAUAAUUUGGAAAUGCUGUUCUCCAUCUAAAAUAUUAGUUUCACUGUCAAGAUCCCUAUGAGCAGACUUUAGCUCAGUUUAUAGUAAAAAACAAUGAGGGUAAAAGAGAAUUUAUGCUCAGGGAAUGAAUCAGCCAUAGCUAGAGUGGGAAAUAUUUUUUUCUUUUAAAAGUAGAUUUGAUGUUUAUCUUUAUUUCCCUAGAAUAAAUUGCAUAGAAGUAUUGCCUGUUUUAUAAAAAGAUGUUUAUUAUCAUUAAUAACAAUCAUUUUUGAGCCAAAUUUAAGGAAGGGAUAUUGAAAGGGUCUUAGCUGGGCUUAAUUGGGUAGCUCUAUGCUAUCGUAUAGAAGAGACCUUAGGUAAGUAAUUUACUUUUUACACCUGAAGUGACUUCUAGUAUACAGUAUCUGUUAUUGGAAAAGCAGCUAUUUCUUAAUAAGAUAUCCAUGUGAUAAUAUUUUUUUUCUAGACUGCCAGGCCUACUAGUUGUAAUAAAUCUGUCAGCCAUCUCCUCUCCUUAUUAAAAAAAAUACAAAACGAAUACAAACAUAAUUGAUUAUGAGAAGAAAUGGAGUAAAAAUAAUGGCUGGGUCUUAUGGUUGGGAUGAGUGAUUUUAUGAGAUAAUGUGAUAAUUUUAUUCUAGGAUUUUUAUUUUUGGCCUAAUAUAGGAAUUUUUAAAAAGGCUUUUUUAUGAAAAUUAGAAAACUAUACUUGAAACAAAAUGUAGAAGGGGGAGACCCUUAAAGCUAAGUUAACAUAAACCAGUGAGACAAUGAUUAAUUCUGGAGAGAACACUACUAUUUAACUGAGUGCCCAAGAUACCAGUUUCCAUUGUCUUGAUUUAUAUGUAUAUACACACACAAAUACAUUAUGCACUAUAUUCAUAUGUGUGUAUGUUUCUUAAGUUAUUUUUUUAAAUUUUCAGAUAAUUUUAGACCUUCUGAAGAGUUGUAAAAAUAGUAUUUUCUGUAUACUCUUCAUUCAACUUGCCCUUCUGUUAACAUCUUACAUAACUAUAGACCAUUUGUCAAAGUAAGAAAUUAGCCUUGAUACAAUACUAUUAACUAAAGUAGAGAGUUUAAAAAGUAGAGAUUUUCUUAGAGUUUUCACUAAUGUACUUUUUACUUACUGUUCAGGAUCUAAUCCAGGUUCCCACCUUGCACAUAGUUGUCAUGUGUCUGUAGGGUCCUGCAAUCUGUGGCAGUAUAUUAUGACACCUGGUGGUGUAAUGUAUUUCUGGUGUUGUUAACCUUAAUCACUACCCAAGGUGGUGUCUGUUAGGAUUCUCUACUGAAAAUUGCUGUUUCUUUUGUGAUGACUAAAUAUUUGCUGGAGAUACUUUGAGACUAUGCAAAUGUCCUGUUUCUGCUUAAACCUUUGCCCACUCAUUUUUGUAUCCAUUGCAAAUCUUACUUGUGUCAGUUACUACUGUGGUCUUCUAAUGGUGAUUUUAUAUUUCUCUCAUUCUACAUUUAUUAAUUAGAAUUCUUCUGUAAGGAAGGGUUAGUGCUUCUGGAUUUAUAUUUUUAAUUAUAGUAAAAUAUUCAGGAUAAGUACAAACUUAGAACUUAAAGAUGUAAGCCUUAUUAAAUUAAACUAAUUCCAAAUACCAAUUAUCAAAGAAAGAAAAACUAAAUUGUUAACCUGUUUCAGAAAAUAUAAUGAACUUAUGAAGGAAAGUAGUAUUUAUGUUUUGUGGAUUUGCUUCAGUUUUUGACUUAGUAUUGACUCCAGACUGAAUUCAAAAUUUUCUUGAAAUUCCACAUCUGGACUUUUUUAAAGUAUCUAAAUUUAUAUUACUUUGGGGAUAAUUUUUGUCAAAAUCUUGAAUAAAGUUACCCAGACCUGG